AUGGGCGGACAUUUACCUCUGUCUACCUCUCGGCUCCUCUCGGCUCUCCUGCUUUCGUCCGCGGCACUGACCCCAUCCAGCGGCUCCUGUGGUGUCCGCAACCCUCCGCAACUCCCCCGCUCUCCGGCGGAAGUGCUCCGCGUAUCAGCCGUGCCCAAAUUACGGGCCAAGCUUUCGAUAGUUGGUAGAGAAGCAAGGGCGCCUUUUGUUCUUUUGAUGCCAUUACGUUUGAUUGGGUCAUCGAAGAUUUUUAGCCCCGGAAGGUCUCAGCUGGCCAAGCCCGCCGCGGCGCCACCACAGCUCGCAACUGAUAUCUAG